AUGGCUUCUAAUCCUCCAGGUGCUUGUUGUCUUGAAAAAUCCUUACAUGAAGGUACCCCAAUUGGUUCAUACAAAACCGUUGCAGGUCUUGAUACUUAUGUUGUUGGGACCGAGAACGGUAAUGAUAACAUAAUCGUUAUCGCUACUGAUAUAUACGGUUACAAAUUACAAAAUGUUUUGUUAAUUGCUGAUCAAAUUGCCAAGGUCGGUAAAUACCAAGUUUUAAUUCCUGACAUUUUAAAAGGUGAUCCAAUUGAAGAAGAAUUUGCUACUUGGUUACCAAAACAUGGGCCAGAAAUCACCACUCCAAUUUUUGAUGGUUUCUUAUCUUCAUUAAAAUCCGAAUAUAAACCAAAAUUCCUCGGUGGUAUUGGUUACUGUUUUGGUGCUAAAUACGUUAUUCAAAACUUACGUAAAGAUGGUUUAUUAGAUGCUGGUGCAGGUGCUCAUCCAUCAUUCGUUUCAGUUGAAGAAGUUGAAGAUGUUGCCAAACCUUUAACUAUUUCUGCCGCCCAAAUUGACCCUAUUUUCACCGUUGAAUUGAGACAUAAAACUGAAGAAAUCUUAUCCAAAAAGGAAGGUGUUAGUUGGGAAUUAACCUUAUUUGCCGGAGUUUCACAUGGUUUUGCAGUUAGAGGUGAUAUUUCAAUCCCUCAAGUCAAAUAUGCCAAAGAAAAAGCUUUGACUGAUCAAUUAGCGUUCUUUGCUGCUAAUAAAUAA